AUGGUCGCCAACGACACCCCGGCUUCUACCUUCCGGUACAACGAAAAGCCAGUCUACACCACCUCCAAUGGUGCUCCCAUUGACAACCCCGAGGGCUGGCAACGCCCCGGCACCAUUGGACCUCUGCUUCUCCAAGACUUUCACCUGAUUGACGCCCUGGCUCACUUUGACCGCGAGCGUAUUCCCGAACGUGUCGUCCAUGCAAAGGGGGCUGGGGCAUACGGCGUCUUUGAAGUCACUCAUGACAUCACAGACCUCACCUCCAUCAACAUGUUUGAUACCGUCGGAAAGAAAACCAACUGCGUUGCGCGCUUCUCGACUGUCGGCGGCGAGAAGGGUUCUGCCGACACUGCCCGUGACCCUCGCGGCUUCGCCAUCAAGUUCUACACAGAAGAAGGCAACUGGGACUGGGUGUAUAACAAUACCCCCGUCUUCUUCAUCCGUGAUCCUACCAAGUUUCCACUCUUCAUCCACACUCAGAAGCGGAACCCCCAGACGAAUCUGAAAGAUGCCACCAUGUUCUGGGAUUAUCUCUCCACCCACCAAGAGGCGAUCCAUCAAGUAAUGACUCUCUUCUCCGACCGAGGCACCCCCUACUCCUACCGGCACAUGAACGGAUACUCUGGUCACACUCACAAGUGGACCAAGCCUGAUGGAUCGUUUGUGUACACGCAGGUUCACCUCAAGACCGAUCAGGGCAUCAAGACGUUCACCGGCGAAGAGGCCGCCAAGAUGUCUGCCGAGAACCCAGACUGGAACACUCAAGACCUCUUUGAGGCUAUUCAAAAGGGAGACUUUCCCAGUUGGACAGUCUAUGUCCAGGUUCUCACUCCUGAGGAAGCUGAGAAAUUCCGAUGGAACAUUUUUGACUUGACCAAGGUUUGGCCUCAGAAGGACGUGCCCCUGAGGCCCUUUGGCAAGUUCACUCUCAACAAGAACCCCGAAAACUAUUUUGCCGAGAUUGAGCAACUCGCCUUCUCUCCCUCGCACUUGGUUCCCGGCGUUGAGCCUUCCAUCGAUCCUGUGCUGCAGUCCCGACUGUUCUCUUACCCUGACACUCAUCGUCACCGCCUUGGCGUCAACUAUCAGCAAAUCCCUGUCAAUGCGCCUCUCAAGGCAUUCAACCCCUUCCAGCGCGAUGGUGCCAUGGUCGUCAACGGCAACUAUGGUGCCAACCCCAACUAUCCCAGCUCCUACAGGCAGCUGACGUACAAGGCUGUCAAGCCCAUCGUCACGCAUGAGACCUGGUCUGGCCAUGCCGUCCAUGAGCUCUUCCAAGACGUCAACGAUGAUGACUUUGUGCAAGCAAAGGGUCUCUGGGACGUCCUCGGUCGCACUCCCGGGCAGCAAGACAACUUUGUCUCGAAUGUCGCCGGCCACUUGUCGGCCGCUCAUCAAGACACCCGCAACAGGACAUAUGCCAUGUUCACGCGUGUGGACCCUGGCUUGGGGGCUUUUAUUCAGGAGUCGACGGAGAAGCUUGUCAAAUAG